GCUUCCUUCCCGCGCGGGGCGGGGGCUGUGUGGCGCAGCGCCAUGGCGGCGCCGCCGCGACGGGACCCGGAGCCGGCCCCGCUGCCGCCCUCCCCGCUGCCGCCGCCGCCUCCCCCGGCGCCCGGUAAACAGCGAGAGGAGAAAAAAACGGCGCUGAGCAAAGUGGUCAUUCGACGCCUUCCUCCUUGUCUAACUAAGGAGCAACUGGAGGAACAGUUACACCCUCUGCCUGCCCAUGAUUAUUUUGAGUUUUGCACUGCUGAUCCCAGCCUUUAUCCUCAUCUUUACUCGAGAGCAUACAUUAACUUUAGAAAUCCCGAGGACAUCCUUCUUUUUAGAGAUCGCUUUGAUGGCUAUGUCUUCAUUGAUAAUAAAGGUUUGGAGUAUCCUGCAGUGGUUGAAUUUGCUCCAUUCCAGAAGAUUUCAAAAAAGAAGUUAAAAAAGAAAGAUGCCAAAGCCGGGAGCAUUGAAGAUGAUCCAGAAUAUAGGAAAUUUUUAGAGAGUUACUGUGCUGAUGAAGAGAAAAUCUGUGCCAAUCCCGAGACUCUUUUGGGAGAGAUUGAGGCCAAAACAAGGGAACUCAUUGCUAGAAGAACAACACCCCUUUUGGAAUAUAUUAAAAAUAGAAAAUUAGAAAAGCAGAGAAUUCGAGAAGAGAAACGAGAGGAACGAAGGCGGAGAGAACUGGAGAAGAAACGUCUGCGGGAGGAGGAGAAAAGGAAGCGCAGGGAAGAGGAAAGACGUAAAAGGAAAGAAGCAGAGAAGCAAAAGAAAAUUUCCGAAAAAGAAAUAAGGAUCAAGCUUCUUAAGAAGCCGGAAAAGGGAGAUGAGCAGGCCAGUGAAAAGCACAAAGAAAAAGAUGAAGAUGCUGACAUUGAAGAAAACAAAUGGGAGAAGUCCCCUGGGUCUGGGAGUAUAAAAUCCAAAUCAUCUGAGGGCUCACUAAAAGAACUGAAGGAAAAGUCACAAAAUGAUAGUGACAAAGAGCAAAGAGAUUUGGAGAGAAGAUUUCGAGAAAAAGAACCUGAAAGACAAAGGUAUCGAUUGGAGGAUGGCAGAAAGCAUAGAGCUCACUAUGAGUUUGACAAGUUUGUGAGAAGGAAUGAAGAAGAGCUGAAAUGGGGGAAAGGAUACAGCCAAGACAGAGGAAAGAAAGGGAACCACACCUACAGCUUCACUGUGGAGGCAGUAGACAAACUGGGUAAAGAGGACAAGUGUGAUGACAUGGCAUCCAAAAAGGAGCGCAUAAGAAAUAAGGAUCGUCCAGCCAUGCAGCUCUACCAGCCAGGAGCUCGCAUUCGAACACAUACGGGACCUACAAGUAAGACCUAUGACUGCAGUGGGAAAUCUUUUGAAGAUGCUCUUGACAAAAAGUAUGAGGCAGAUAAUUCAGCUGGAGGUGGUUCUGAGAAGAGCGAGGAAGCAGAAUAAAACAAACCGGAGGAAAGACUCGUGAAAAAGGAUGAACUUAAAGAUUUAAUGUCGCCACAAAAAUCCAUAGGGCUGUUCCAGAUCUCCAACACCAAUAAAAUUAUCAUAGCUCUCUCAUACUUCCUGAGAAAUAAAGGAAAGAGUGACUGAAGAUGUAUAAAACAUCCCACAGCAAAGGAAUGUUGUUGCUUUUUCACAAAAAGCUGAGCAAGCACCAUUUGCCUAAUUUAAAAGCAGUUUGAUGUUAUGUUGGAUUUACCUUGAAAUAUAAAACCUCUAAGAGUUUUACAGGCGCAUUUAUACGAAACUUUUCAGAGGCUAUCUCACCGUUUACAGUCUGAAGAAGUGAAACGUGGAUUUGUGUCAGUCUGAAAUCUGAGGCACUUCACAACGUGUUCGGUGCAUGGCACGGCGGGCACAGGGCCCCCUCCUGCAGACAGCAGUGGCGGCUGCUGCCACAGGGAACCGAAGCUCUGGAGCCGGUGGGGUUUGCAGGAUGAGGCCCACGGUUUACAGCUGUGAGGAAUGUCCCUUGGUAUCUGUACCUCAUUGUGUUUACGUCGUUUUUCAAUUAACCCUAGCGUCAGAUAAGUGUUGUUAAAGCUGCAAGUACGUUGUUGGAGCGUUUGUCAUUUUCUGAGCCACUUCUGCCUUUUGCGUUUUAACAGAUCUUGUGCUUAAAGCAGAAAAAAAGCUAACAUGAACCUCAGCACUUAAACGAAUGCCUGGUUUUAUUAAAUUAGCUGUUUUUCAUGUUUUUGACACUGACUUUUAAAAAAAAAGUGGUUGUACAAUGAUGACUUUUUAUAUGCUAACGUUUCAUAUAAGUUGCAGUUGCAGGAUUUGGGAAACGCAGGCUGUGUGAAAGCUCUGAAGUCCAAUUUAUUAAUAAACACCCGAGCGACAACUGCAAACUGCCAUUUUGUAAGAAUGGUCAAAUUCUGCCCCCUGAUGCAAGCAUAUAUAUAUAUACACACACACAUAUAUAUAUAUGUGCACACACAUAGUGCUUCCAUUGGUUUCAAUGACAGCCGCAUGUCUAGGGAAGGGCAAAACACGUUCAUUUGUCUUUUAAGGCUGAAAGUUUCUCAGUUGUCUGAAACUGAGACCUGCUUUGUCAAUUAAGUUAAAUAGUAAGAUAUUAACUUGUUUUUACAUCCUCUUUGAACAUUUUGUUAUUAAGCAUAUCAUCUAGUUGUUCUAAACUGAAGAAUUAUUUAUUGUAUUUUCCCAGAUAUUAAGCAUUAAAUAGAAUAAAAGCAACAAGAUUUUGACUGUGA